CUAGUCCCGGGUUUCCCAUGCCCAGCUCUGAUGAUGCAGUCUCAGUCAUGCCCAGCCACCCUGCUGCUCUUCCAGGCCUGCCCUGCCAACGCCCCUUUGUUCUCUCUCUAGGGAAUACCCUGACAAGAGAGGAACCGUGGGCUUGUUAGAGUCUGAGCAGCUCCCAUAAGUCUCACUGAGCUCAGUGUAUCAUAACCAUUUUAUAGUCUCACCAGCUCUUCCCUUUGUGGCGACUUUCACCCAACAGGAGUCCUUGAGUAGUUCCCCCACUAGUUAUCAACACCCAGAAUGACACCUCAGCAAGAAGUCAUUUCACAGAGGGGGGUUCAGAAUAGGGGCUGAACUGGGUGAGGAUAAUGCUCUUACUUAAACUGGCCUCGGGGCCCCUGACACUACAGUGGUGGGUGUGCAACACGUACAGCUUGGGCUUCUCAUGGGAGUGCUUGGAGCAGAGACUGUAAUGGAGCAGAAGCAGCUGUAUUCCCUGCAGGGCUAUCAGAUGGAGCAGCGAGAAAACCCGGACCUCACGGCUGCUCCAAUACAGGCCAGCCAGUUUGGAUAGCAUCAUUCAUCCAGUAUACUUCAAGUACUACACGGCAGGAGGAAGUGACAGCAUGUGGUCUAGGCUGCAGCAGCAUGGAGCCAUGGGCUGGGGAAUAUGCUCCAUUCAGUCCAGAGGCUCCUAGUGAAGGGAGAGAAAAGAGGACUUCACCCAGCCUAGGCAGACUCUACAAUGAGAUGGAUGGAGAUAGGGAAACUGCAGAGAAGAUGCAGAUUGUGGGAAGAGAUAAAGGCUUUGAGGCAAACAUUUAGGGAGUUAAACAUGAGGAGGGCAAUUCUGAACUCUACCAGAAUGGUGGGGGAUCCAGUGGAGACUACACAGCAUGAGCUGUGCUUUUGUGACUGCCAGUGCCACACUUACCUAGACCCGCUUUUCCUCCAGCUAGAGUGCCAGCCUGAGGAGAGCCCAGGAGGAUGCUUAGGUUAGGUAUGGAGGUAAUGGAUUGCUCUGUGUCAGGAAGAUCUUUGGGAUCCUGAGCUGCAUGUGAUGAGCAGCGGUCUAAGAGCUGCUCCUGCAGGAGAUAUCCUUUUUAAAUUAGCUUAGGGGGCUGGCUCUGUGCUGGGUCCUGCCCUCAGAGUCUCUCAAAGCCUCGGUGGGCUGCUGUGGUGUGAGGUGGUAGGUGCAUUGAGGAGGCCAAAUGGGGUAGAUGACUAUGGCUAUGGGGAUAAUAUUGUGCAGACACCUACGUAGUUGCCCUAACACCUGCAUCAUCCCCAGCUUGCCAGUCGGUGCCAUGCUUCUCUACUGCUCUACCUCCGGGCCUCGCCUUCUGCUAGUGUCUCCUGCUGUGUUACCCAGCACUCCUGCUAGCAGUGCAAGUGAUACCUCAUGUGUUCACGCCUUUUAUGAUGUCACUGUAGGGCCUCAUGAUGUCAUUAUGUUCCAUCAAUGACAACCAAUGAAAGAAAAGGAGGAUAGGCUGAGUCCAGCCUGCUUCUGCAAGGACACAGCGUAGUUGGGUUGGGCCUAUGAAGCUGCACCUGCUGCUGCCACUCCUGCUGGGGGCUGUGUUCCCUGUGCCACUUCCUCAAAGGCUCAGCGACUCAGUCCCUGAGGAUUUCUCUGCUCCCCUGGAGCUCCCACAGCAGCACUUCGGCCUGGUGGAUGAUUAUGGCAUUAAACCGAAGCACCCCCAGUUCCAGACUCGAGCACCCCGGAAGCAGCCUGCUGGCCUGCACCAAGCACACAAGAGCAAGCGGGAUGAGUCAGAUUUGGCAGAGUAUUAUUAUGACAAUGUCCUGUGA